UCAGGCAUAAAUCAGAAAAGGAAAAGCAGCUACCCAGUGGGUCCGGGCCUGGAGCAGGGAUGAAAGGGGAUAGAAGUUGCGAGAAGGGAAGAAUAAAGGACCCCUGGGGAGUCCGCACCAGGCCAAACACAAUAAAUGAAGUCCUCAACCCUUCCGGUGAGCACAGGCAGAACAGAGAAGCCAGCUUGAGAAGAAAAAGAUGAAGCCCUUGAUGCCUCAGAGGCGGAAAAGAAGAUCCCAGACGAGCGACCAGUAUGGCUUGGGAGCAGACCUGCUCUGGAAGUACAAGCAGGCUCCGCGUUCACGGAGUAAGUGGGAGAUCCUGGUCACAAUGGGAACCAUGAUCUCUCUGUUGUACAUCUGGCUGUAUUCCCAGAGCUUCCAUUUCCAUGUGGCACAUCUUUAUGCUCGCUUUGGGUAUGCCAGUGCCCAGCUUAUUGUUGGACAGAGAUACCUGAAAGGAGCUGGUGUGGUGAAGGAUGAAGAGAUGGCAAUGCAUUGGUUUAGACAAGCCUCCAAGCAGGACCAUCCCCAUGCUUCCUUUAACCUGGCAGUAGGAAAACUGAAAAACAUGACUGGGUCCAUGGAAGUAGGGGAUGUAGAGAUACUCCUUAAAGUUGCUGCAAGACAGGGGGUCCAAGAAGCCCAGGAACUUCUGGAGAAUGUUAUUUGGACUGGAAGCAAGCUCUCGCCAACUCGUCAAAGAAUGAGGGUUUUUUACAAACCCUAAUAUGUGUGCUCUGUGCUCUUCCUGGAUGGGGACGCUUCCCUCUCCCUCACUCCCUGUGGCCUUCCAAAGUUUACUGAAACUUUCAGUGGAAGUGGUUUUUAGUUAUAGUUUUAUAUGCUGCUGCAUCACCAAUUUGCUGUUCGAAAUCCUUUAAGCAUGGUGUUGCUUGUGCUUUCCUGGGAUUCAAGUUUGACCUCUUGCGGAUGGAGGAGUAUUUUAUUUGGAUUUCAUUACCGCUCACCUCAGCUUAGUUUCAAGUCAGCGAGCAUUCUAUGAAAUGGUAGGAGGGAAAAAAGGAAGAAACCUGUCACCAGAGCUUUGGCUUCUUAGAUGUGUUUGUUGGCACCCACAGAUCACUGAAGGAGCUAAACUCGUCAUUAGGCUGAUCUAUGGCAUGUGGUGUUCUGCUUAAAAUAAACCUGUUUUCAUGUCUCUACAUUUCAAUGAUCUGCUCUAUUAGGUUUCUAUGGUAUCUUAUUAUAUUAGUUUUGUAUUACUUUGUAUAAAAUGUCCUGUAUAAGGAAAAAAUAAAAAGGCUGUGAAUAUUGCCAACAAAAGAUAAAAAGGAUAAAGUAUAAGAGCUCACAUUUACUGAGCACCCACCAUGUUGUAAGGUUUUGUCCUAACUGCUUUUAAGUAUUUUAGCAUUCACUAAAGCCUUAUGAGGUGGGUGGUAUUAUUGAUGUGGGAAACAAAGGCAGAAAAAAAAUUUAAUUUCCUUACUAUCUACAGCCCAUUGACAAGUUCUUGAAACAGGCAGAGUGACAUUCCUGUUGAGACUCAACUGCCUCAAUGUUAAUACUUUGCUAAGGGCAAAAGCUAACCUUAGCCCAACCUCCAGGAUCCUAUAAGUGCACCUUAACAUAUAAAAAUUCCUUAGGAAACUCCCUUUAUCUCUAUUCCACAAGAUACGUGUUGGCACGCCUCAUCCCCCAAGUAUGUGACCCACUGAUAUAUAGCUGAAGGGUCUUAUGGUUCAGGUAUUAUUAGACAAUAACAAAUGACCCUUUCCCAACAAUAUGUAGCCCCCUCAAGUUCCUGGAAGCCUUGCUUCCAAAAUUCCUUACAGACUUCUGCUAUCACUAACCCCCUCCCGACUGGAAAGUACAAAAGGGGCCACUUCUCAUGACCCCAGUGUAGCUCUUUCUGCCCAUGAGUCCUUUCCCUGUGCUUUAAUAAAAUCACCUUUUUGCACCAAAGACAUCUCAAGAAUUCUUUUGUGGCCAUUGACUUUGA